CUGGGGAACGGGAGGCAAACACUGGCAAACCCUAUGGGUUUAGUGUUUCGAGAUGUCUAACUAUGCAUGCUAAAACUUCUCUCUGGGUUUUAAAGAGUGCACCAGUUGAGACAUUUUCUCCAUGGUAUGUUUUUUGAGAAACUGAAGCUGGAAAUAUUUUUAUGAGCAUUUUUGUUGAUACUAAGUGAAUUCUUUGGACUUUGAAGUACACGAUAGUUGUGUACCUCCAGAUUGGUAAGCAGAGGAUGUCAUCAACAAGGUCCAAGCUGCCACUACUCCUCUUUGGGCUCCUCCUGUGCAGCUCCUUUGCUCCUCUCCCAGUUAUCAGCAGUAAGAGACAAACCAUACAGAGUGCUGUGUCAUUGGUUCAGGCUACCAGUCGCUCCUUGGACAAGAGGGAGGUGACAGCCAGAGAUGGAGAAUACCUACUGGGCAUCAAAAGACUGAGAAGGCUGUACUGUAAUGUAGGCAUCGGCUUCCACAUUCAAGUCCUACCAAACGGGAAGAUCACAGGCGUGCAUAAUGAAAACAGAUACACCCUUCUAGAAAUUUCCACUGUGGAGAGAGGAGUGGUGACUAUGUUUGGGAUGAGGAGUGGUCUCUUCGUUGCCAUGAGCCACAAAGGCAAACUCUAUGGCUCGGGCCACUACAAUGAUGAAUGCAAGUUUAAGGAGAAGCUCCUGGCCAACAAUUAUAAUGCCUAUGAAUCCGCUGCUUACCCUGGCAUGUACAUUGGCAUCAGCAAGACUGGCAAAACCAAGAGAGGCAACCGUGUCACCACCAAUAUGACUAUGACACACUUCCUUCCCAGGAUAUGAAUAGAAAGAUCAAUAGUCAGUACAGAUAAACUAAACUAAACAGAUAAAGAUAACACUCUACACAAAACUAAUACAGUGCUGUAGGCAAUGUUUGCAUGAACUGUUAUUACCAACCAGAGAAGAGUAACGUGGCAUCAACAUGGUUGUGAAUGUGGCCUUGAAUGGACAUGUAAAAUAUAAAACAUCAGCAUUAACAUUAUUUUCAG